UAUUUCUUCUCUCUGUUUUUAGGGUUUAUCAGUCACAAUGGGCUUCUCCACCGCCUUGAAGCUCGCGGAUCUCAACGACUUCAUCGCGCCAUCGCAGGCUUGCGUCGUAUCGCUCAACAGCAAGAAGAUCGAGGAUGACGGUGGAAGCGUCAAAAUUCACUCGCGAGUUCCUUCCAGCUUCGAUCAAACGAAAAAUGUAGCCGUGGAGAAGCCAGUCAAAGUGACGCUUCACGAUUGCUUAGCUUGCAGUGGCUGUAUCACGUCGGCCGAGACCGUGAUGCUGGAGCAUCAAAGCAUCGAAGAGUUUCUAAAUCGUCUCUCGGACAGCGGCAAGAGUGUGAUCGUCUCGCUAUCUCCACAGUCGAGAGCAUCACUGGCAGCUUACUACGGCUUGUCGCAACUUCAAGUUUUCAGAAAACUUACAGGCUUUCUCAAAUCUCUCGGUGUCAAAGCCGUCUUUGACACCAGCUGCAGCAGAGAUUUAUCCCUCAUCGAAUCGUGUGUGGAGUUCGUUAAUCGCUACAAAGAGAGACAACUUCCUGUGGUGACUUCUGCGUGUCCAGGAUGGAUUUGCUACGCAGAGAAAACGCUUGAUGCAGAAAUUCUUCCUUACAUUAGUAGAGUAAAGAGUCCACAGCAGGCUAUGGGUGCUGUGUUAAAGCGGCAUGCGUGUUAUGCUUUGGGCCUCAGACCGGAGGAUGUAUAUCAUGUUACAGUGAUGCCUUGUUAUGACAAGAAGCUGGAAGCUUCUCGGGACGACUUUAUAUUCGCUCUAGAGAACGGGGCCUCUGGCCUUGCGGAAGUUGAUUCAGUGCUAACCUCGGGAGAAAUUUUGGAUCUUCUUCAAUCUAGAGAUAUUGACUUCAUGUCACUUGAGGAGCAGCCACUGGACAAACUUCUUACAAAUGUAGACGAACAAGGCCAUUUGUACGGUGUUCCCGGCGGCUCUGGAGGAUACGCCGAGUGUGUGUUUAAAUACGCCGCGAAGCACCUCUUUGGAGCAGAGCCUGAUCGCGUGGAGUUUCAAGUUGUCAGAAAUGCCGACUUUCGGGAAGUCAAGCUGGAGGUGGAUGGAGAGGUUCGAUUGAAAUUUGCUCUUGCAUAUGGCUUUCGAAACAUUCAGAACCUCGUACGCAAGAUCCGGCUAAAGAAAUGCGAGUACCAGUACGUAGAGAUCAUGGCAUGUCCUUCGGGGUGCUUGAAUGGUGGUGGACAAAUCAAACCAAAGGAAGGACAGUCUGCCAAGGAGCUCAUCCAAAAUCUGGAGAGCGCUUACUUGCAAGAGGUAGAGAUGAAGGAUCCCUUUGAUAACCCCAUUGUAAAAUCUCUAUACGACUCUUGGCUUGGAGAACCUGCGUCACUGAGCUCUAAGCGAGUACUGUCCACCGAGUAUCAUCACAGAGAGAAGAAUGUCACUAGCCAGUUAGCAAAUUGGUGAAAAGGGAUGUACAUUUUUUAUCGAGAACGUUGCUGAUAUGUCGAGCCUGAUCAGCACAACUCCUUGGACGAUGGUUGUCCUUUCACAAAAUGGCGGCAUUGGAACCUGUAGUUACAGCAAGCUUGGACAAGAACUUUACGAAAGUAGUUCCAGUACCAGAUUUUCUCGCUGUUAGCUUCUUCUAGGCUUUCUCCUCGUAGGAAGUCGAUUGAUAUCUCAGAUGCCUACACGAGAAACAAGGAAAAAGAAUUGUCAAA